AUGAUACCUGACUCUCAUCUGCCUGCGCCUGCUCUGCACAGAUUUUUGCAUGAACAUUUUGAAUUGGACCCUCUAGGAACUGGGAGGUUCACUUGCUCAAGGCCGCGCAAUCCAGUUCUCUUCUUCAAUCGGCAUCUCGCUGUAGGUCACCAGCUGAAAAGAGUCGAACACGCUGCGUGGAUACCACAGCAGCUUGCUAGGCUAUGUGAAGAUGCAAUUAUUCAGUUCACUGAACACGGGCACUCCUUCGACGAAACGUCUGGUUACAAAAAAACGAAAUACGGUGCUACUGUAUCAGGGGCAAAUUCUGAAGAUGUUGCUGCGCACCAUGUCGGCCAUAUGGCCGCGCGAUGCAAUGCAUACGCGUCAAAGCUAAUGUUCAAUCCGAAAGACCCUACUUGGUUCUCAUUUGUGCAAUCAAACAUAGAAUGUUCUCCUAAUUCAGAACACUCCUUCAAUCUGUGCGGCACCACAACAGUCGUCGCACGGAAGACAGAGAUUCUACAGACAUUAGAUGAAUGGGCACUUUCUACGAUUGAUAGGCUUAGUACCGUUCCAUCCCUUUUCAACUUCGAAUUUUUUGCGAAGAAUAAGGACGGGGAGCGGUUAUUACGAAGCAUGGUCUCCUCGACGUCGUUCAAAUGGGAAGCUCCGACGACUACUGGUGUAAUUGCGAUGGAAUCAUCGCACCAGCCACCUCUUGAUUCUCCUUUUCUCAAGUCUUUGUUUCCAUCUCUGAAAGGUGUGCCAACCAACAGAACAUCCCAGGGAGCGGGCCCCAGCUUGCCUUUGUUUAGCGUAAAAAGGUCUAGUCUAGUUGCUCCAUCGCGGCAUAACAAGGAUCGGGAUUUGGACUAUAGAAUAAACCCCAAUCAUUACAUACAAAAGGCUUGGUAUACGGCGGUAGUGACAGACGCCACAUUUAUUCUGUUUAGUUGCGGUACUCUUCAAAGGAUUGGUAUUCGACAUCGUGGUAGUCAGACGCUCUUCUUGUCAGAUGUGAUUGACACUAUGCGCUGGUCUUCUCUUGGCUUUGGUCAAAUUCACCUCGGCCUUGUUUUAGCUGCGAUAAGAGAUCGUCUUUCUAUGAUUAAUGAAGAAGAAUUAUUGAACAGACACUCUUCGAGACGCACAGAGAACCUGAUACAACGCAACUUGUACAAUGCUAUCAAGAACAACGCGACCAGACCACAGCAACGUAUAAGCAACCCUGUGCAUCAACUGACCUCUACUGAAAUGGACAAAAAGUUCUUCAAUGACGAGCUUGCAAGACGAGAUAUGGUGUUCCUUUUCGCCGACUUCGGCGUUCAUCAAUCCCCCGCACCUUCUGCCUUUCGGCGCAUGGAGCCAUCUUGCGUCUCACGAUUGUUCAACUCAAACUCCUACAACUUCAAACACAAACCAUCCUAUUCCCCAGACAGCUACAUCUCAGCAACAAUCAACCAAACCUCAAUAGGAGAAGGUUCCAUGGGCGUCGCAUACAAAACUAUCGUGGAAGUCGAAACAUCCUCCGGCACCAAGUAUCAGCGCGGCAUGGUAAUAAAGCUAGCGACAGGUGAUAUAAAAGAGAAAAUCAUCAACGAGUACGAGGUGUACAAACAGCUCGCGAGCCGCGGUGUCACCCGCGGCAUAAUUGGCACACAUGGCCUGUUUCACGACACGGAAACUGGAGCUAUGCUCAUGCUAAUGGACGAUGCUGGAAAUUCGCUUGCAGAUCGCUAUAACCGAGAAGGUGCAAAAACGAACGGGGACGGAGAGCCAGCCCUGGUAUCGGACAAAGAACGCAACGAGCUGGACGGUGAGUUCUUCAUAAUAGACUUUGACUGGGCUGAGCAUCGCAUGUACAUCAGCCAAGCUAUGUUUGAAGAGGACCAGGAGGCGCUACAGGAGUCUUUGGAGGUGGAAUAG